UCUCGGUUGGCGGAUGUCUGACGCGGAUAAAAAUUGUUUCAACUCCGUUCAGUGUGCGCGCGUUAGUGUGAGUGUGUGAAAUAUAUUUUCUAAAUUAAAGCUACCUUUUGAAGAAGAAGAAUAAAGCAAAAUAACAUCAAAUCGAAAGGAAAGCAGGCACCAAAAAGAAAAAAAGAAUUCCCAAAAAUCUUAAGGUGAAAGUGUAUUUUGAAGUGAAAGCAAAAAGAAAAGAAGCUGGCCAAAGGAAUUUGUGGCCGCAAUAUUUAAUAGAAAUUCUAAGUAAGAAAAGUGAAAGUUGAGCUGUAAAAAAAAGAAAAUGAAGUAAAGAAAACGGUAAAGAAAAUCCGUAAGUGUUUUGAUCUCGUGACACAUUGAAAAAAAAAAGGGGAAUAAAAAGUUUUAUAUGUUCUGCUUUGCUGCUGCAUGUCAGUGCUCCCUCUCUUUGUAACGCAGCACACACACUUAGGGAUUUUUACUCAAGCAAGGUGCAGAAUGUGUGCAUUGAAUGUGGGUCAAUAGGGAGGUUGUUCGGCCUUCACAACAUGCGUGUGUGAUACACGUUUAUUAUAAAACGUUCAAACGUUCAAGAAGCAGUGGCAACAACAACAAAAACUUGAGAAGGCGGCAAAAACAAAAUAUGUAACUUCUCAAACCUUGAUGCACCACCCAUACAUGGACAAAAGAGACGGCGCCUUCGAUACAACAACAACAGCAGCAGCAAUAGCAGUGGCUGCGAUGAUAUCUUUUCCACAUCGCCGCUUCAUGUGAAAUUAUUACAGUUCGACUGUUGUUCUCAUUUCCUAAUUAAACACUCUUGGAGGAGUGCAAAUUGAAGGAAAUCUCCGGAGAUUUGUCUGCCAUGUGUUGCGACAGUUUGACGAACCUCCACACUCACCGGGAAAUGUAGAACAACAAAUUCUCAACAUAUCAAAUUUUAAUUUAAGCAAUGCAAAACAUAUCAAAAUUUGUGCCAUAUAGUCUAGAAAUAUAAGCCCUCACCUUUAGCGUCCUGAAAAUAAAAAAAUUAUAUGAUCCCAGCUAGAAACAACUAAUCCUAACUACCAUAAAGCGGAGCGGACAAGUUUACAAUACCCAACCAACAAGCAAAAGAGAAGAGGGAGAGAAAGAAGGAAACAAAAAUAAAAUUCUAACAUAAAACCAAGUGUAAGAGAAAAAAAAAAAACAAACAAAUUUUAUACAUGGACUUUAAUGUCCAAAGGAAAUAAUGAAAGUGUAGUGCUACAAAAGCACUAAGGCCUAAGGGUGUAAGAGCAAAAGCAAGCGGCAACAACAUAGGGGACUGAGCCAUUGGCAGCUACUGUAGCAAUAGUGAGGACAUAAAGUCUCAAUUGAAGCGGAAGCGGAAAAUUUCCACACACACACACACACACUCAAAAGAAAGGAAACUGUAAUUACUAUUUAAAGGAGGAAAAAGUAAAAUUAACAUGUUUAUGGCAAAGGAGCCAUCAUAAAACGAUACAGCUUGCUGCUGCUGGUGCUGCUGCCGCCAGGACUAACAGCAUUGCAGACACUAGCUUAGGUAACAGCGGGUGGCUUCUCGCCGCCUUAUUUUGGCGGCCAAGAAAGAACAGACUCAACGAAAACCAUAACCCCUCGGAGGCAAAAAUGCUUUUGCUCGUUAUAGCCUUUGAAAGACACCAAAUUUAUUGGUAAUUGCACUAGGAUUGAACAAUAAAGCCAAGUCAAGCCAAGCCAUUACCAAGAAUAGAAUUACAGCAACAUUCACCUCAACAUCUGCAGCAGCAGCUACAGUUGCACAGUUGCAUGCAACAGACAGCCAGGCAUAGCCAAGGGACACCAUCGACAGUAGCAGGUGUAGAUGGGAAACAAAAACUGAAAACAGCAGGCAAUUCACAAUCGUUCUCCACCGUCCAGCCCCCCCUCCCACUUUCAGUUUAUGUCAGGCAGCUGGUCAUAAUGCAAUUUUCUUGCAACCGGAAAUAGUUGACGGAAAUUCAAAAAACAUCAUCCAUUGACAACUUGAAGCACAACAAGAUUCUGGCUGUGGCUGUUACCACAACACACCCAGCCAAUCCAUCAGCUGGCCUUCUAUACAAAGUCAGCGUUUGUUUGUGUGGUGGCCAAGCAAGGUGAGUUGGUCUGUAACAUGUCCACCUUUUUUUGGGGGGGACACAUGAUGUUGAUGACUUCCCAUGGAGGAAAUGCCUUGAAUUGACGAUCAAAGCACUCAAAUCCUGUUACAAACCAGCAUAACGUUUCUCUUUUUCCCACCGCAUUCAUGCUCAGAUCCUGCUGCAAUUUUGGCCAAUUGUGUUGCAAUAAAAUCAACGGAAAUUGAAUUUUCACAUCGGCGUCAAACAAUUGAUGUGGGGCAAUUGUGGCCAAGUGCCAGGCAGCAAAUUGGUAAUGGAUAUUAACCGCCAAAACGGAAAACGUUUGUAAAACUGAUAUAUUUUGGAUUGUUUACGGAAUGGAAUGUUUGCAACAAGCCUACACUAAAGCGCUCAAAAUUUUCUCUCAAAUACAAAAAUCAAACGAACAAACAAACGAGUAGCUACUCUUUUAAAAAAAAAAAACUUUGCCCUAAUCAUCAUUUCAUUUUCGUAUUUUGCAUAUUUGCUUCCUAUAGUAGUUCCUCUCUGUCUCUUCCCUACUCCUCUGACACCUCUGCCAACAUCAGCCAAGACAAUUGGUUCGUUUAGGCCACCUUAAUGACUGCUGCCAAAAGACGUACUGGCAGCAAUAGUGCGACAUUCGUUGCCGACAACAGCAGUCAUCAUUAUACCCCAUUGGAUCAACAGCAUCAGGCGGCCCAACAGCAGCAACAUCAACAGCCAUACGAUCAGCAUCUCCAGCAGGAGCUACAUUCACAACAAUCGAAUCCAACGAAUCGCCAAUACUACAGCAGUAAUCGCCAUCACUCGAAUCUUCAUCAUCUGCCAACACAUCAACAGCAACAACAGCAAUUCCAACAUGAACAUCAGCGUCUUCUGCAACAAGCACCACAAACAGCGGGAUCAUCAGCUACGACUUCACUAUCAUCUGUUGGCAACAAUCACCAUCAUCAACAGCGUCACUCAGGUGGCACCACAUCGUCAUACGGCAACUACGGCACCAAUAACCACCCAACAAACUCCAAUAGACCAGCGGCCGGUUCAUCAUCCUCAUCUUCAGCAUCGGCAUCGACAGCAGCCUCAAUUAUGCGUGGCGAGUGUUCGGUGAAAUUGCCCUUGGAUAUUUUAUGGUUACCAAAAUCCGCCAUGAGGCCUGUGGGCCCCGAUACCUCACACAAUGAUUGCAUAUUGGUCGUUGGUGUUUCCCGUCCUAAAUUAGCCGUAGUCUUUCUUACCGUUAUGUUGAUAUCCUUGUUUCUGACAUUUCAUGUUCUGUACGACAGUGCGGUUUACAAUAUCCAAGCUGCACAAGCCGUACACGAACACCAUCAUCGUUUAGCGUUAAUCAAUUCCAACAGUAUUAGUGGCUUUGGUGGCGGCAGUCCCUCAGCCGGAGCAUUGGGUGGUGGUCCUGGCGGCGGCGGCGGUGGUGGUGGUGGUGGUAAUGGCAAUCGUUUUAAUCAUUUGCCCGAGGAUUACACGCAUAAUAACAAGCAUACGGGUGAUAUAUCAUCAUUAUCGUCAUCCUCCCUAUCCUCAGCGUCUUCUUCUACAUCGUUGUCGUCUUUAUCAUCGCCCAAUCAACAGAUAAGUCAUCCAAUGGUGUUUCCUUCGAAUCGAGUACAUUUCCCCAAAACCAGUCGACGUUUGCCACAGGCUCUAAUCAUUGGCAUACGAAAGUGUGGUACACGUGCCCUGCUAGAAAUGCUCUACCUGCAUCCGCGCAUACAAAAGGCUGGCGGUGAAGUCCACUUCUUCGAUCGUGAUGAGAAUUAUAUGAGGGGACUGGAAUGGUAUCGCAAAAAAAUGCCCCAUUCGUUUCGAGGCCAAAUAACGAUAGAAAAAUCGCCAAGCUAUUUCGUUUCGCCAGAGGUGCCCGAACGUGUGCGAGCCAUGAAUGCCAGCAUAAAACUUUUGUUAAUUGUCCGGGAACCGGUGACAAGAGCAAUUUCUGAUUAUACGCAAUUACGCAGCCAUGCAGCAACGGCCACAUUACCAUUGGCCAAUGCCAAUGAAUACCAGCAGCAACAACAACAACAGCCACAACAAUCGACUUCAGCAUCCUCGUCAUCAUCAUCAUCACUGAAUGCGGGCAAAUUUGCGACGCAUUCAAUGCUUUAUAGCAAAUUAAAUGCCGGUUACUCUUCAUCGCAAGUCUACGAUAAUUCCAUUGGUGGUGGUGGUGGAGGCGGGACAGGAGGAGGAGGAGGAAGUGUUGCUGGCAGUGGAAGAGGUAAUUAUGUUUACGGUUCUGGUGCCGGCGGUAUUAAGGCAAACUACCCCAAAAAUCCACACCGUCAAUACGAUGCGACAACAACGCCCAGCCCGUCAUCAGCAGCUGCCCAGAUUUUAUCAAACAGAUCAUUUGAAGAACUGGCCAUAUUUCCCAAUGGGACUGUUAACGAAUCGUAUCGGCCGCUUACAAUAUCGAUGUAUCAUUUACACUUGCAUCGUUGGCUGGAAGUCUUCCCUAGAGAACAAAUUCUGAUUGUUAAUGGAGAUCGGUUGAUUGAUGACCCAGUAUCACAGUUGAAGAAAAUUGAAACAUUUUUGGGCAUCGAACAUCGUAUCACCAGCAAUCAUUUCUACUUCAAUGAAACCAAAGGAUUCUAUUGCCUGCGCUAUGAUAGCGGGGAUCGUUGCUUGCGUGAAACCAAAGGGCGAAAACAUCCUCAUGUGGAUCCCAUUGUGGUUUCAAAGUUGCGUAAAUUCUUUGCAGAACAUAAUCAAAGAUUCUAUGAAUUAGUAGGUGAAGAUUUGGGCUGGCCCGAAGAGUAAAAAAACACACAAACUAAUAAUGUAUGGAAAGCAAAAAACAUGGGUAAAUCGUUGUGUAAAACCUAUCACUGUAAAAUAUGGUAAUUGUAUGUGAAUAACUUGGUACUUAUCUUAAUUAUAUUUUUUUUAGUUUUUAGUUUUAAACUCGCUCUCACUUGUAGUUAGAAAUAUUUUGUGUAAAUUAUGUAAAGAAUGAUGAUGGUCAAUGAUAAGCAUAAAAUGAGUGUAACUCAAAUGUAAGAACUAAACGUAAUUUUAAAUUGUAUAUUAAAAGAUUUAAUUUAGGAUCCUGCAUACUAAGUGCAUAUGUUGCAUUACCUACUCAUAUUUUGAUUAAUUCUUAUAGGUUUGUCUUUAUUUUUUAAUUCGUUUCAUAAGCAAAUCAAAACAGAGUUAUAUGAAAUCUUAAGAUUAAUAUCAAGCGCAGCAAUUUAAUAUGAACUACUACAAGGACUGAAAUAUGAGAAGUUAUUUCAUUUAUGGUUGUUUUUGUUAAUUUAUUUAUUUUUUAUAUUUGUUUUUAUUUUUAUAUACUUUUUUUCAUAUAACCAUACUAACAGAACUAAACUUUUGUAAGAACACCAUUGCUAUAAAUUUUUCAGAAUAACUACAAAAAACACUUAGGUAAACCUACCACAAUACUAUAGCCCAUGCCAACUAUUGAACUAAAGAUUCCUUCCCGGCUUAGGCGUAUGUACAUAGUGGCAUGGGGCGGAUUAAUAUCUGCACCCUCUUUUCAACCUAACCUAAAGAUUCCUUCAUCUUUUAACAAGAUUCUGUUGACGCCAGAGCUAAAACAGAAAAUCCAUCAGAUUUUGACGAACAAACCGAUAAAUAAAUUAGAUUAGAGAUGAGAGAAAAGAGUGAUGAAGGAGGUAUGCAGCAAGCACCUACCCGAAACGGUCACAUGUAUAUGAAUCCCACGGAAGAGCACUGGUCCACACCCAACUAAAUAUCUACUCGGUAUGUGCCAAUCACUUAAAUCAUCACGUGGAGGAUCUUCUCUGUUUUAAUAUUGUUUACCGCCUUCGCAUUGCCCAUCCCUACUAGAACAAAGUUCAUUAGUUCGACAAAUGGCAUGCGAAACUGUUAACCGGUUUCCUCGUCAAAUACUUGUGCUUUCAUUCGUUUACAUCGAACUUCUCAUUUUCCAGAAUAUAGUUUUGUCCGGGAACCCAAGGCAACGC